CGUUUAAAAAAUUCAGCAGUACGUUACGGCGGCGAUAACAUUGUUUAAAAUGGGAAGUUGACAGCCAUGAGCCCAAGACUCUUCUGUGGGCGUGCUACGAUCCAUUUGCCAUGGCUAACAUAGCACAGCAGUUCAUGCUUGAGCUGACGGCUCCACGGUCAUGGAUGCUGCUGCUCCUCCCUCUCCUCCUCCUGCUUGUACGCUGCUGGUUCCGUGCCAAGAGAGCGAGGGGUAUCAGGCAGCAACAAGAUGACCACCUACCGCCUUCCCCUCCGGCGCUGCCCGUCCUCGGGCAUCUCCACCUCGUCGGCUCGCUCCCGCACGUCUCUCUCCGAAGCCUCGCUCGGAAGCACGGCUACGACCUCAUGCUCCUCCGCCUCGGCGCCAUGCCGGUCGUCGUCGUGUCGUCGCCGAGCGCCGCCGAGGCGGUGCUGCGCACGCACGACCACGUGCUCGCGUCCCGGCCGUACUCUCUGGUCGCCGACGUCGUCAUGUACGGCAUCUCCGACAUCGGCAGCGCGCCGUACGGGGACUACUGGAGGAGGGCGAGGAAGCUCGUCACCACGCACCUGCUCACCGUCAAGAGGGUGCAGUCGUUACGCCACGCCCGCGAGGAAGAAGUGAGCAGGGUGAUAGCUCAGAUCGGAGAGGCGGCCGGCGUCGGCGCCGCAGUGGACGUGAGCCAUCUGCUCGGCUCGUUCGCGAACGACCUGGCCUGCCGCGCCGUUAUGGGCAAGUCAUCGUCCCGGAACGAGGGCCCGAGCAAGCUGUUCCGGCAGCUCAUCGUCGACACGUCGCCGCUCCUUGGAGGCUUCAACGUCGAGGAAUUCUUCCCCUUCCUGGCUCGCUUCGGCGUGCUCAGCAAGGUGGUCCGCGCCAAGUCCGAGAGAUUGAGGAGGAGGUGGGACGAGCUGCUGGAGCAGCUGAUUGAUGACCACGAGAGGCAGUACGAUGCGGCGGCGGCGGCGAGCGAUCAAAAGGGCGAGGAUGACGACUUCAUACAUGUCUUGCUCUCUGUUCGUCAGGAGUACAGCCUUACCAGAGAGAACAUCAAAGCUAUCCUGCUUGAUGUGUUCUUCGCGGGAGUAGACACAGCAGCUUCUGUACUCGAGUACACUGUCGUUGAGCUCAUGCAGAGGCCACGCGUGAUGAGGAAACUCCAAGCCGAGGUGAGGAGCAUCGUGCCCAAGGGACAGGAAAUCGUCAGCGAGGCCGACCUGAACCUCAACGGCAUGGCCUACCUGAGAGCCGUCAUCAAGGAGUCGCUCCGGCUGCGCAACGUGACGCCGCUGCUCGCGCCUCACCUCUCCACGGCCAGCUGCAGCGUCGAUGGGUUCGUGAUCCCCGCCGGGGUGCGCGUCCUGGUCAACGCCUGGGCCAUCGGCAGGGACGCACGCUCCUGGGGCGAGGACGCCGAGGAGUUCGUCCCCGAGAGGUUCCUCGACGGCGGCAGCGCGGCAGAUGUCGGCUUCAAGGGUAACGACUUUCAGUUCCUGCCGUUCGGCUCUGGGCGCAGGCAGUGUCCCGGGAUGAACUUCGGGAUGGCCGCCGUCGAGGUCAUGCUGGCGAAUCUCGUGCACCGCUUCGACUGGGAGAUGCCGGCGGGGAAGGAGGCGGGCGACAUUGACAUGUCCGAGGAGUUCGGGCUGGUGGUGCACCGGAAGGAGAAGCUCCUCCUAGUUCCCAAACUACGCGGGUAGCACCAUUCUUGCAUCCAAGAGUCCAACAAAUGGUGCCGCAUGGAUGCAGGAUUGUUGGUCCAUGUAACAAUAGUCUACUUAGCUUGCGUUCCGUAGAUUGUUUGAAUCCUCGUGUCGAAUGUAUUUUUUUAUACCAUCUGUCACCAUUUGCUAUUAUCAAUCUUCUAAGUUAUGAAGCUCUUGUAUUACAUUUUACUCGCAAAACUGCUGUAUUGAGUUCUUGUAGGCCACAUAGGAAAAGAAGGAUGGUGCACGAAACAAUUAAGAGAUAAUAGGGUUAUUGUGUUCUUGCUCUCA